AUGAAUCGUGAAAAAUUACUUGAACAAUUACAAAUAAUGAUUACUGAACUGCCACCGAAAUUGCAAGAACGUUUUGAAAAAGAUAAUAUAAGCGAUCAGCUGGUCACAUUAUUACUUGAUGGAAACAUUUUUAAUAUCGUAAAUAAUCUUCAAGAAAGCCAAGCGCGUACAGAAAAAAAUCUAUCUAAUGAACGACAAAAAUUAAUUAAAAAAGUUAAAGAUCAAGAAGCUGAUUUAAUUCGAAAACAUUCGGAAGAUGAAGCUCGUUGUGCUGAUAGGCCACAACAUUUAAAUCUUCUCCAGGCAGCAAAUAAACGUGAAUUUGAGGCAUUCAUUAAAAGAGUAGCCGAUGAACAACAACGUUUUGACAUGUCCAUUGUUUUAGAUCUCGAUCAGAAAAUGUUAGAACAACAGACAAGACUAGAAAAAGCUGGUGUACCCUGCAUGCAUGCGACAAAUAAACCACUAGAUGUACGUCUACAAAUGUUUAUUAUCGAAUUUAUUCAACGCAUAGCAAAGCAACAACGUAUUUCUCCUGUAACAGAGAAUUCCAUUUAG